ACGAGUGUGAACUAGGGUACCGGUAUUCCUUAUUUUAAUCUAAAAAACUAUGGUUUAUAUUUUAAAGUGUCGCAUAUUUGGACCACAACCUGCAUAACACCUACGUCCGCCUACGCUGGGCGGACUCCGCUUGGACCAACCCCCACUAGCGCGUAUAUAAGCGUCAACCCUCCACUGCUGAGGCCACUCUAGUAGCACCUGCGCGUCACUCGCGCCGUGUCCAGACGUGCUUAGUGAUUACGACAAACUAAGACAACAUGAGCAUCCCAAUGCAACUCCUCCUGGUAGUCGCCGCCUUCUGCGUCCUGUCCGACGGCGCGCCGGACGGACGCAUCGCACGCGCCAAGCAGCAACGCCCCACCCGGGGCUUUAAGAACCUCGAAAUGAUGACGGCGAGGGGCUUCGGGAAACGCGGCAGGGUCUCCACUAGGAGUGAACGAGAUGUCGGUGCCCAAACUCCACCAGAGCGUACCUACCGCGCAACACCGACGUACAAGAGUCCAGCUCAGCAUUACGCAAGAGAUUUUGGAAAAAGAACGCCAGAAUUGGAGCAAGAAGACAGGGAAUCCGAAGAGCCGAGGCGCUUCAAUCCCAAGAACUUAAUGAUGGUGGCUCGGAGCUUCGGCAAACGGAGUGAUGAGACCGCUGAUGAAGAAGAAAAGAGACCAAGAAGAACGGAUUUCACUCCCGAUAACAAAGUUAACAUAGCCGUCGGGUACGGGAAGCGAAAAAUACCGAACAAGCGAGUGUACGGCUUGGACAACUUCUGGGAGACGCUGGCCGCGCCGGAGAGGGAAGGACAGGAAAUGGAGGAUGACAAGCUCGAAAGCAUCCCAUUGGACUGGUUCGUGAACGAGAUCGUGAACAACCCGGACUUCGCGCGAUCCGUGGUCCGCAAAUUCGUAGACAUCAACCAGGACGGCGUGCUAUCAUCGGACGAACUCCUCAGGAACGUGUAAACGACUCUUAAGUUAUUUGUUGUAGACUUUCGGAUUGUUUCCCGUUACAUACAUUUGUACCAACACUAUCAACUUGAUUUGAAAAAUACUUAAAAUGUUACGAUAGGUACUGUGAUAUCAAAUAAAACUUACUAAUUUUGAAAAAAUGGUGGUAAUUAUGUUUUUGUACUCUGCUAUUGUAUCUAUAGUUU